GGCCAGCGGCGGUGCGCGCGGAGCCGAGCGGCGCGGCCCGGCCCGGCCCCCGCGGCCCCGGGCGCGGCCCCCGGCGGCCGCUGCGCCCGCGCCCCGGGCGGACCGGACGCCUCGGCGGCAGCGCGCAGCCAAGUCCAGUGUGGUUCCUACCCUGAGGAAAACCCAUCAGUGGUGAUGCUGCAGGAGAGGUCUCACGUGGGGCCCUCAACUGGAAGGGCAGCUCUGCACUCCUGUAGCUGAUGGGAGAGGACAACAGCUUGGUAACAGGAGCUACCAAGAGCUGGCAGGAUGAGUUACAGCUCACCCUCUGUGCAUGACUUACAUCACAGCACCCCCACCACAGCCAAGCCAAACCCAGGGACAGCUCUGGAUGUGACUGUACCACAAACAGCCACCAUAAGCCCUGAGACUACCAGUUUCAACAGCACCAAAAUCCCAGAUAUGGCCAGCACUGGACCUGGCAUGAGCACCAUGCUGCUUUCCUUUGGGAUCAUUACUGUGAUUGGCUUGGCUGUAGCAAUGGUUCUGUAUAUCAGGAAGAGGAAGAGGUUGGAGAAGCUGCGGCACCAGCUCAUGCCCAUGUACAACUUCGAUCCCACCGAGGAACAGGAUGAGCUGGAGCAGGAGCUGCUGGAACACGGGCGAGAUGCAGCAUCUUCCCAGGCAUCACACAGCAAGGUGCUGCUGCCGAGCCAGGGAGCCCUGCAGAGACCCAGCCGCCUGGUGUUUACUGACAUGGCCAACGCCAUCAAUGCAUGACCGGGCCCUGCCCUGCUCCAGGAUCCUGCUGACAAUGAGGAGGAUGAAACCAACAAAGCAGUGACUCCCUCAAGCAUGGCUGAUCCACUGAGCCCAGCUGGUCACCUGUUGGUUUGUGUUACACAUGGGCACAGGAAGUGCCAUCACUCUGGGAAAUGAACCCUUUGUGAGGGCAGUGGUGAUUUUCUGGUGUGUGUGUUACCAUUAAAAGCUCCUGAGCUCCAGUUUCUGGGCUGGCACUGCCUGACACCACCUACCAAGCUUUGAGCUUAGGAACAGUGCCUGCUUUGUGUAGAUUACCCUGUCAGAGCACAGAGCUGUGCUCUCUGGCUCAGGGAAGGAAAGAGGUGCACAUUUCAGAGAACUUCUCCACUGGCUUUGUGUGCCCAGGCCCCAAGGAAAGUGAUGGAUGAGCCUCUCUGUCCAGUGACCACAGCUCUGGCCAGUCCUGGGUGGGGACUGGUGGCAAAGCCUCUUUGAGCCAGGAGAGCUGCUUGCCCCAGCUGAGGGGUGACCUGGGGCACAGCAAGGAGAACACAACUAUGGGAUUUAUCCCCUCCCAGGCCUGUGGCUGCUGAUAAACAUCACCUCCCAGGGUGAUGUUGUAGCAUGGGGAAUUCACUGGCUUGAAAAAGUGAAACAGUGAAGAUUUGGCUGAUAACAUCUUAAUCUGAGGAAGUGGCUGAAUAUCCCAAAUUAGAGCUACUGUAUAGACAGAGGGGAUUUCACACAGCUAGAGCCAGGGACUAUCACUGUCUGGCUAUGUGAGCCCUGCUGAGCUAGGAACAAGUGCUUGGGCCACAAAGAAGAGUUGAGCAGAACUAGGGUUCCAAUACCAUCUAUCCCUUCCUGCUUUGGCUCAGGGAAGUUUCUACAGUGCAGAGUGUUAUCCAGGAAAAAGCAUUAAGCUUUGAAAUACUUUCUUUUAAAAAAGGAAAAACAUGUAUUGGCUCAACAGCAACCCAGUGUUUGCCCCCAGAGAUGACUAACAGCUGGUUUGUACUUCCUUACCUGCCAGGACCUGCAGUCAGAGCCUUCUCUUCUUCCUGCUGAAGGGAACACAGAGCUUUGCCUUAGCCUCUGCUCGAGUUACCUGCUAGGAACAGGUAGGUGGGACUAGACAGGUAAGCCAGGGGUUUUCCCUGUAGCCCUGAAGCAUCUCUCUGCCUGUGCAUCCUUCACGGCUGCAGGAGGAAGAGAGUGCCAAGGGGUCUCUGGCCACCUUGGCAUGUGGCAGUAGAGUGUGGGGGUCUGUUGGCUGAAAGCCUUUUGGUGGGCACUGGCCCCAAGUGCUGCAGACCAGCACAGCAGCCAGGGAGCAGCAUCAGUGCCCAGCUAUGCCCUGAUCACCUCCUGAUCUUUGUGUGGUUACAGGCAUCGUCAAUCAGAUUUUAUUCCAUCCACAGCAUCAGUUAAAAGGGAAUCAGGGAAAGCCAAAAUUUGAAUGCAGAUCUAAAGCUUUAUGCAAAGAGUUGUUUCAGAGUGGUAAUUCAGGUACCAUGUGCUUUGUAGCAAGUUUGGACCUGCUGUUAGUUUUUGUUCUUCCCCUGUGUGAUUGUUUUUCCCAGAUUCAUUAAAUGCAGACUCUUUCCUGGGCCUGUGCCCCUGACCCCUGCAGGGCACAGCUCCUUACCAGCCUUUCCUCUUCCAGCUUCCCUCAGGGCAGCUUUGCAGGGCUAAAUUGCUUUAGUUUUUCAGUAUCCAGCUGUCUUUUUAGAACUAGGGAUUUCUGGGGGUAGAGUAGGGGUUGGGGUAUGAAAAACAGCCCCACUCCUCAUUGCCAGGAGAUGUGGCAGGAGGCACUCCCAGGCUGCUGCUGUUUGCCCCUGGGGAUGCUGCUGGAAGGAAGCUGCAUGGGUACAAAUACUCAGUGUAAUGCAGAUUAGGUCCUUAGAAUUUGGAAUGUGUCUGUGGGUACUCCCAGCCAUCAGCUGAGAGACAAAUACCUCCCAACACAGACACACACUUGCCAGCUCCUGCAAGUGCUCACUGAGAGCAGCCACAGCUGAUUUCUCCCUUCACUGCCUGUCCCCUUUCCAGGCUCUGCAGCAGCACAGGGAAGCAUGUGGCAGUAGCGGUGUCCAGCUGUCUUAAAUUGCAGCAUUUUCCCCAGAACUCAGGUUUGGAAUUUCAAUGGUUGUUUUAAACUCAACAAAAAGCAAGUGUGAGAUGAGCUGUUUCUUCAAUGCCUCAGCCCAGUGUGUGCCCUUCUCCCAGUUCUGUGUGCUGCAGUGCAACAACAAACACAACUACACAGGAAUUCUCUUGAACCAUUCUCCCUGUGAUGGUAGGCUUUGUCCUGUGAUGACUGCCCUUAAGAGUAAAGAAGUGCAGAUAAUAAGACUAAAAGAAUAUUGUGGGUAAUUGCUGGGCUCAUAUUCUUUUAGUUCCAUAGCACCUCCUCUCACAGUUCUUGGAUGUAUAAUUUAGCAGAAGCAUUAUGAUGUAAUUUAAUUCAAGUGUUUCUGUGUUUUAAAGCAUUGAAAUAUAAUUAAACUAUUUACAUGAAA